UACAGGAGAGAUAUAGAAUGGCACAGUAUAGUCGAGUGCGUGGCGCGAAACAGCAGUGAAAAUUCUACGAAUAAAAAUUUAUUUGGAAUGCACGGAUCUGUGCACACGCCUUGGAUUACGUCCCCGUGAAGAUAAAGGGAUCGAAGUAGGAAAAAAGCUAAAUAUUUGACAUCGACAAACGGAAAUUCUCACUUGACGGCAUCUCAAGUUUAAGAAAAAAACUUGAGGAUUCGAAAGAAUCAUCAUUAGGAAAAGUUUAAAGUUAUGACAACAUCCAAUGGGAUAAAAAAUGAUCAAACAUCAUCAAUACAAUGGCAAAAAAUUCAUACUGGUCAAGAUGAAGAUAUGCGAGUUUAUGGAUUUAAAAAGAGCAAGUUAAAAAAUAUUCUGAUUUAUGUUUCUUAUAUAUUAACCCUUGGGUGGGUCAGAUUAUUCUUCCAUUGGUAUCCUCAAUUACAUCUUUAUGCUACCCAUAAAAAGUGUGCUUUAAAUUCUGCCACAAAAUUACUCAUAACUGAUAAUUAUCAAGGAAAAUAUAAAUCAUAUUUUGUAAAAGAUAUAAAAACUAUUUCAGUGAAGAAUAUCAGUUUGGAGAGCAAUGAUAAACAUCUUAUUGAAGAAAUUAAAUAUAAAAAAUUAAAAAUUAAUUUAGAAAAUGGCACACAGUGCGAGUUGUAUGAAUACAAAGCAUUUUGGUGUAAAAAACAAUGUUAUAUCUGGGACGUUACACAGAAUAAAUUCUCGAGAUUGGUAGGUUUAGACAAGUAUACACUAUGCUCGGAUCUUAAUCUUAGUAGCAAUCAUGGACUCUCUAAAGAAGAACAAUGCCUUAGACGAAUUGUAUACGGAAGCAAUGAAAUCGUUGUUCCUGUGCAAAGCAUAGGCGUAUUACUUUUGUUAGAAGUUUUAAAUCCAUUUUACAUUUUUCAAGUUUUCACUCUUUGUGUAUGGUUUGCAGAAGGCUAUUUGUAUUAUACUGCAGCAAUCAUAUGUAUGUCAUUGUUUGGAAUUAUAAGUUCUAUAAUACAAACUCGUAAGAAUCAAAUUAAUCUUCGUGGUACAGUGGCAUCAACAGAAACUGUUCGCGUGUAUAGAAAUUCUAAAGUAGUAGAAAACAUACCCAGUAGUGAUUUGGUACCGGGUGAUAUCAUAGAAUUACCUAAACAUCAAGCUAUUGUUGUUUGUGAUGCAGUAUUAUUAACUGGACAAUGCAUUUUAAACGAAUCAAUGCUAACUGGAGAAUCUGUACCGGUGACGAAAACUCCAUUGCCAUCUCAUCACAUUUUGUAUGAUUCUAAAGAAUGUUCUCAUCAUACAAUGUAUAGCGGUACCACUAUUAUCCAAACCAGAAGUUACGGCGAUCAUCCAGUUCUAGCUCGAGUUAUCCGAACAGGAUUUCAUACUAAUAAAGGUUCUUUAGUUGCGGCCAUUUUGUACCCACCUCCGGCAGAUUUUAAGUUUGAUCAAGAUUCUUACAAAUUUAUUGGCAUAUUAGCAUUUAUUGCAACAUGUGGUUUCAUCUAUACUAUUGUGACCAAAGUUUCCAGGGGAAUUACAGCCGGAGAUAUAGCGAUAAAAGCCUUGGAUAUAAUAACAAUAGUAAUUCCACCGGCAUUACCAGCUGCAAUGACGGUGGGAAAAUUAUACGCUCAAGUACGACUAAAACGAGCGCAAAUAUAUUGUAUUAAUAAUAGAGUUAUUAACGUAUCUGGUAGCAUAAAUUGCGUAUGUUUUGAUAAGACUGGUACUCUGACAGAAGAUGGUUUGGAUAUAUGGGGUAUUGUACCUUGCACAAACGGAAUUCUUGGUGAAUCAGAAAGAACUAUUCCUAAAUUAAAUGAUCAUCCUCUUUUUGAAGGAAUGUUAGUUUGUCAUAGUUUAACAUUAAUUGAUGGUGAACUCUGUGGUGAUCCUUUAGAUGUUAAGAUGUUUGAAAGUACCGGAUGGAUAUUAGAAGAGUUCAAUAAUGAACAUUCGCAUAAAUAUGAUUUUAUAGCAUCUACAAUUUUAAAACCACCGAAAAACAAUAAUUUUACACAAAAUAUGAAUGAAAUAUCAGAAAUCGGAAUAGUACAACAAUAUCAAUUUUCAAGCUCUCUUCAAAGGAUGUCUGUAAUAAUACGCAUUCUAGGUUCAGAUACAUACAAAGCCUAUACAAAAGGAUCACCUGAAAUAAUAUUUAGUUUAAGUAAACCCGAAACUAUCCCGAAAGAUAUAAUGAUUUCUUUAAAAUAUUACACGGAACAAGGUUAUCGAGUAAUAGCUAUGGGACGAACAGAAUUACCUGAAAAUAGUAAUAAAAUAAUGAAAUUACCUCGGGAUGCAGUUGAACAGAAUCUCGAAUUCCUAGGUUUAGUUAUUAUGGAAAACAGAUUAAAAAUACCAACUAUACCAGUUAUUAAAGAGUUAAGGACGGCUAACAUACAUAUUUUGAUGAUUACAGGAGAUAAUAUUCAAACUGCAGUAAGUGUUGCAAAAGAAUGUGGUAUUUUAUCAAUGCAAGAAUUUGUAAUAGAUGUAACUGUAGUUAUGGAGGAAAAUAAAUUACAACCUGAAAUUUAUUUUAAUGCUCAAGAAAUAUCGCCAAAAUUGAGUUUUCAUGAUAAAAAAUUUAAUAUAUCAGAAUUGAAAGAUAUAGAAAGAAAUAUAAACAAUAUUAAUUAUCGUUUCGCAUUGACAGGCCAGUCAUGGCAAUUAUUGCGUGAACAUUAUCCGGAUAUUGUGCCAAAAAUUUGUGUCCGUGGUGCAAUAUUUGCACGAAUGACAAGCGAUCAAAAACAACAAUUAGUUCUGGAAUUGAUGCAACUCGGUUAUUAUGUGGCGAUGUGUGGAGAUGGUGCUAAUGAUUGCGGUGCUUUGAGAGCUGCACAUGCGGGUAUAUCUUUAUCCGAAGCAGAAUCUAGUGUCGCCAGUCCUUUCACAUCCAAAAUACCAGAUAUAACCUGCGUUCCAAAAGUGAUAAAGGAAGGUCGCGCUGCUUUGGUUACAUCAUUUGGAAUAUUCAAAUUUAUGGUUACUUAUUCUUUGACAGAAUUUUUAUCCGUUAUUAUUCUUUACUCUAUCGAUUCAAAUUUGACAGAUUUAGAGUUUCUCUUUAUCGAUAUUUGUCUUAUCGUUAAUUUUGCUUCUUUUUUUGGAAAAACUCAAGCAUAUGAAAAGCAAUUAGUAAAAAAACCUCCUAUGACUAGUUUAUUAAGUUUUACAUCGAUUUUUUCUUUGUCUAUACAUAUGUUGAUAAUGACAAUUUUUCAAGGUAUAGCUUAUCAUAUGGUACGCACUUUUCCAUGGUUCACACCAUUUAUUUAUGACGAAAAAAUUGGAUACAUGUGUUAUGAAAAUUAUUCAGUUUAUUGUGUUUCUAUGUUUCAAUACAUAACAAUGGCUAUAAUAUUUUCACGUGGAAAACCAUAUCGCAAAGAAAUUUAUACAAAUAUUGCAUUCACGUUUUCUAUAAUUAUGUUAACCAUCAUUUGUACCUAUAUCACAAUUUAUCCUGCAAAUUGGAUAAUAAAUUUACUUCAAUUACUUGUACCUCCAAUGUUCGAUUGGAGAAUUAUUAUUUUAGUACUCGCUUUUACGAACUUUGUAGUUUGUCUUUUCGUUGAAUCAUUUGUCAUAGAUUAUUUAAUUGAGAGAAAAUUGAAAUCGAAAUUUUAUAAACCUGAGAAGUCUAAAAAAGAAUAUUUAAGAAUAGAACACGAAUUAAAGCAUAAUUUAAAUUGGCCAAUACUUAGUAAAGAAUUACCAAUGUUACCAUUAACACCGAGUGUAGAAAAUAUCAUUAAUGUAGCAUAUACAGAAGAACAACUUUAUGUUAAUAAAACAAAAAACAAUUUAAAAAGCAAUAAUUUUCAUGAAACAAUAGAAUCAUCUAAAAAAAAUAAUGACUUAUAUGCAUUUGAUAAUUAUACAUAUGUAGAUGAUGAAAUACCACAAAAUACAAAUAUGAUAACUAGAUUUUAAA